AUGUGUGAGUUUAAAGACGAGAUAAACGAAGAUCCCAACCCCUUCAGCACCGUACCACCACCCUCAGGGCCUUCAGGACCUUCAGGAUCACCGGACUCCAUCAUCGUCAGCUCUGCCCCUCCCACAACGCAAUUUGAUAAGGUUGCUCCGAGACCAACACUUGGCAAUCCUCGGAAACACAAGCGUGCCACUGUGGCAGAAGAAACAGAAGAAUUUGAGAAUAACCCAUCGGCCAAGCGUAUCCAGACUGAUCAAAGCCAUGUUCCAACUCCUGCUGAGACGCCGUUUGAUAAUUCGGCUCCUGUUGAGAAGCCGCUCAGUGAGCAUGAGUCGUCUCCAAGCCUCGAGUCUUGGUCCCCAGAACCGCAGCCUUCGCUUCCGCCACCGAUUAUACCGGAUCUAUUACCACAAAGGCCUUCUGAGGGGCCUGAACCCGAACCCGAUCAAAGCACCCCCAGCCAAGGCAAUCCCAACCAAGGCUUUCCUAGCCCCCCUUCACGGCCUUCAGAACAUGUCUCGUCUGGUGUCGCCAACCUCAGACAAAAUGGGAGAGACCUCCUCCGCGCCCUGGAUCAAUCUCAAAAGAAUAACCGGAACCAGCUGAUUCAGGUAGUGUUAUCUGGGCUUCGAGACGAGCAAAGCUGCUCGGCUGAGGGCUUAUGCUUACACCGCAGCAAACCAAAACGGGUGCCCCAUGUGUCCCAUGAGCGGUACUGGAUAAAGAUCAACUGGCCACAGGUUACCAUGGGCGAACGAGCUGGCCAACCCCCACAGUUUUACCAUCUCAGUUGCUAG